UAGGUAAUUAACUAAUUAGGCAUUACCCGUAUGGCCGUAUAGUUAUACAACCACCAUAGGAGCAAAAAAGAUAGUUAUACAACACCCUAACGGUGCCCAACCUACACCUCUCGAACCUCUCAGCUUCCAUCACUCAUACACAAAUUCCGACGCUAGACAGGUUCUUGUUUUGUUCCUUAGAUGAAUCUACUCGUUUAGACGAUUUUUGCUGUGAAUUUUGGUUUGGAAUUGCGAUUUUUAAGAUGUACUUCAUAUCAAUUUUUCAAGUGUUGUGGCUGGAAAUCAGAAAUGAAUGACCUGUCAUUCCUGGGGCCAAGGCAUCCGCCCCUCCUGCCGUGGCUCAGGGGCGCGUCCGGUUCGAUAGGUGGUGAAUGUUUUGUACAUAGUCUUAAAUUAGGAAAAAUAUCUCCCAUUAGCACCCGUGUUUCUUUACGAUGCAGCCGAAGGCAUAUUACCUUGUCUGCUGUCCCGCUUUUCCCAAGGCUGGACAGAAAUCUGUCCUUGCGGCGUUCUCGAAGUGGGUUCCCAUGUGCAGAGGCUAUGUCUAUACAUCCUUUUUCCGAAGAAUUAUCACUGACAGAUUUGGAAGAUGAGCCAGCUGCAAUUCCAUUCAAUGCUGUCAAUGAGGUUGGGGAUACUUUGCCACCUGAAAAGAAAUCAUUCAAGAAUAGGUUUCUGAACUUUGUACGCUUCGGCUCAGUGAUAAACGAGGCAGCUGAAUCCUUUUUUAAGAGUGAGAUUCGCCGUAGGUUGUUUGUUACUGCUGCUUUGCUAGUCAUCAGCCGUGUUGGGUAUUUCAUCCCUAUGCCUGGGUUUGAUCGACGAUUGAUACCUCAAGAUUACUUGAGUUUUGUUUCUGGAGCUGCUGAUGAACUCGGUGACUUUGCUCCAGAAAUCAAGAUGUCUCUUUUUCAGUUAGGGAUUAGCCCACAGAUAGCAGCAUCAAUUCUUAUGCAGAUACUCUGUCAUGUUGUUCCUUCCUUGGUUAAGCUCAGAAAAGAAGGUUUAGAUGGCCAUGAGAAGAUCAAGGGUUAUAUAUGGUGGAUUUCUCUUGGCUUUGCCAUAUUGGAAGCCUUGGUAGUUGCUUGUCAUUCACUUCAGUAUUCCAUUUAUGCUGCCAGUCAUAGGGUUAAGCACGUGAUGGUAACAUCUCUCUUACUGGUUUGUGGUGCUAUGACUAUGACUUGGAUAUGUGAUAAGAUUUCUGACGCUGGAUUUGGUCAAGGAUCAUCUCUCGUUAUUUGUGUGGGAAUAUUGACCAGCUACACAAGUACACUAUACAAGAUGCUGUCUCAGUUUUCUGGAAGCGUUUUAAGUUGGUCACCUUAUGCCGUUGCUUUAUUAGGCGUCUUUAUGGCUGUAACCAUGUGGGCAGUAGUUGUGACUCAAGGUUGCAGGAAAAUUAAGCUACAAUAUUACGGGUUCAAGCUUGCUUCUACGGCGAGAGAAGAGUCCCCUGUUACAGAGGUGGAGCCCUACAUACCAUUCAAUAUAAACCCAUCUGGAAUGCAGCCUGUUCUCACGACAUCAUAUCUCUUGGCAUUUCCCAGUAUAAUUGCAAGUCUGCUUGGUUCACGAUUCUGGGAACAUGUUAAAGAGAUAUUGAACCCUGAAACAUCAAUUGGGGCGGCUCCCUGGGUUUAUUACACGAUUUAUGCGUUCUUUGUUUUUGUUUUCAAUAUAUUUGACAUUGCCAACAUGCCAAAGGAAAUUGCUGAGUAUUUGAACAAGAUUGGUGCCAGAAUUCCGAGCAUAAAACCAGGAAAAGCAACUGUGGAGUACUUGAGUAAGAUUCAAGCAUCAACACGUUUCUGGGGAGGCUUGUUGUUGAGUUUCUUAGCCACUGGCUCAAGUAUACUAGAUCAUUAUCUGCGCCGCAUCAAUGACAGCUAUGCUAUCGGAUUUACAUCAGUUCUCAUCAUUGUGGGUUCUAUUAUCGAUCUUAGAAGGUCCUAUCAAGCGUAUAAUGUGAUGCCAACUUUGAGCAAAGUUCUUAGGCGCGUGACAACUAGGAAGAGAAAGGCACCAAAGAGUGUAUUCAUCUAUGAGCUUGACACUGUGGUGACGGGUAAUUGAUAGUUUCAACUUCUGUCUGCAUUGACCUUAAAUAGCCAAAUUGGGAAGCUCACCUAAGACUAAGCUAAUGUAUGAGCAUCCAAAGUAUAGUUCAAGUCGCCUGAAGUUGCUGUUAAAAUCUUUGAGGAGGCUAGUGUUGUUUCCUCUCUCAGAUUCAACCAGGAUAGAUUAGUACCAAAUGGUGUAGCCAUAAAAGUGCCUCAAGCAUUCAGCAUCUAAACUUAGAUUGUACAGAUGAUGCUAGGAGUUUUGUAAAAUUUUCGAUAUGCGGUGGCUGCUUUUGUCAACACAAGUGUCCAUAACAAAGAAAUUAUGGUAGUGAAUUGCUGAGAGUAAUGUUAUUUGUAUGGUUCUUGAAUCUAGAUGUUGUAGAAUCAUUUGUAUUCAAUAAGCAUCCACACACCUCUACUCAGAUUUGAAAUGAUAGGUUCUUACUAAAUUCUUUUGCGACUCAAAA